CGGCUUGCCAGCAUUCGCCAAACGCGAUGAGCGUGCAUGAUAUGAUGGGGCUCACAGUCACGUUCGACGACAAUAACCACCUUCAACUUGUUACAGAACUGAAUCGUCGGCAUGGAAGAUAUCAAAAAACUAAUCCACAAUAAUGGCUGUGCCUUCGAGCUCGGUUUGGACGCGACUUUUCGGAGUAUGUAUGAGCCCCUGUAUAAAGAGGCGUCCCCAGAGGUUGUAAAGCAGGUCAAGGACGUUCGAUACGGUCCAGCAGAUCGGAACUUUCUGGACGUCUAUGUUCCUCUUUCAGGCUCACCUGGGAAGGCCGUUAUUAUUUUCGUCCACGGAGGAGGUUUCUUUAGUGGUGAUAAGGCAUGGAGUGAUAAGGUCUAUGCUAACAUAGGGAACUAUUUUGCCGAGAAAGGGAUCAUUGUCGUGGUCGGCAACCAUCAGCUCGUCCCCGACGCCACAUAUCCUGCAGGGGCAGAUGAUAUUCAGCAGACUCGCGAAUGGGUGUUCAGCAAUAUCGCAUCAGGAACGUAUGGUCAAGGAGACCCAAACCAGGUCAUCCUCUUCGGGCAUUCAUCUGGCGGCGCACAUAUUGCUUGCAACGUAUUCGCAGCUGGCGAUCCGACACGACCCAAAGUCGAUCCUUUGUUUCCUCCAAUCGCCGGACUCGCGCUCUUUUCAGUUCCUUGGUGGUUCGACAUCAAGAAGCCUUUGCGACGAAAGAUCAUCGGACAGUACUAUGGAACGGACGUUGAAGAGGAGUGGGAGCCUUUCUCACCACUUGGUCUCUUCAAGCGUCUUCCGGCUGGAUCAUCGUUGGUUGAUCCCAACGUACUGCCAAUACUCCUCGGGAGCGUCAAGUAUGAAGUCAAAGAAACAGCAGACGGUCUCGUUUUGUUCUUCAACGAGUAUCGCGCGAGAAGCAGCCCAACCGGAGCGCUCCCUCUGAUCCAUGUUCUCGACAAUCACAACCAUCUCAGCAAUAUACUCUCCAUAGGGUCCGAAGACGAAGCUCAAGCGAGGGCCAUCUUGGAGUUCGUACGGACCUGCGCCGCGAAAGUUGUUGCACGAGCUUCUGGUUCCGGCGAUUCUGUGAAGUAUUGAUCCCGAAUGAACGUCAUCAAAGGGUUGUUCAGCGCUGACUGGCCACAUAGAAAAACCUCAGAGACAACGGCGAAGUUGUGAUGUGAGGGGACUUGCUUGGCGACUCGACGAUAUAUCUGAUGUAAUGAAACGAAGAUAUAACAUCCGGUAUACAACAAUUGCAUUUU